GAUCUGGACCGGAUCAACCAGCACAGAUGAAACAAUCCUUCUGACUGAUAGCACUGAUGCCACAGAUUCACCAGAGCGCAGUGGUCGCUGGCCAGAUGUUUUUAUUGUUCCAACAUUUUCUUAUGAGGUGGAACAUGUGCUAAGGGAAGGCAAUGCAGCAUUUGAAAAAGAAGGAAAAGUAAUCAGACUCCCUAGAGAUCAAAAACACAACAUCCUUGAGAUAAUGGGGGAAGAAAUCUAUAGGCUGAAGGCAUAUCCUAGUAGCACACAAAUUGGCAAGGCUGCGGAAGCUUUAGUUAGAAAACAUCCCUGUUUGAAGGAGAAGAAUUCUGACACUGGGUGGGAAGGGUGGAAGAAUAGUCUGAGACACAAAAUAGGAAACCAAAGAAAAAAAGUUGGCUAAAGCUGGCAUCAAAGAUGUAGCUGUAAAUUCUGGAAAACACAGCCGAACAAACCCAGAAGGAGCUGCACCAAGGGCCAAUAUUAAAAGACCUAGGAGAGGGGAGGUAAACUUCCUUCCUAGUUAUCCUUCUGGAGAAACAAGGGAGUCUCUGGAAACCAGGAGGCUUGAGAUGGUUAAAGAGUUCCAGAAGACAUCUGCUGAAAGAAAUAUUCCCCUUAUUCAUCAGCACAUGAUGAGCACCUUUGCCCUCAGGCGUGAAGAGAUCAUCACAACUUCUCCUCCUGAAUCAGAGCUUAAGGAGAGAUGGCCAGCUCUCUUUAAUGAGACACAGCUGUACUGUGAAUUUCACCGGAUUACUAAUCAGCAUCUGCCACAUGCGUUUUAUGCUGCACUGGAUGAAUAUGCUCCUCAGCUAAUUGGGCUUUAUAAAAGGAAGAAAACUGGACGGAUUGGUGAAAAGAUGGACCAGCUUUUGUUGGCCUAUGAGGAACAGGACAAAAACGACAUUAACGCAACAAGAGCGGCAGCCCUGGCGGGCCUACCCAUUUACCUUAAGGAGGAUUCUUCAAGCAUUUUCAAAACAUGCAAAGAUGAAAUGGAGUUCUGGGAAGGCGCAGUUGCUCUGGUUUCUGAUGUGGGUGAAGAUGAGGUGCCUGCUGGAGUUCCAUUCUCACCACGUCAAGUGUUCGUUGUGCUUGAAGAUCAGGUUGUAAUGACUCAUCACUCAUGGACUGAUGCACUGGUGUGUUUGUUUGGGCUAAUCUAUGCUCUGCAUCUCAGCUAUCCUGUGAAGUGUACUAGCUUUUUUGAGUUCAUUCAAGUAGUUUUACUGAAGCUAGAUGAUGAAAGAAAGCAACUCAAACCAAAAUUGCAGACACUGAAAAAUGAGCUGGUGUAGAUUGGAUUUGUUGUUGCUACAUUCAUGCCUGUUCAGGAAUCAGCGUUUAAGGGCUUUUUGUCAACAGUUCUAUUUUUACACGGGUUCUAAAUUAGAAAAAAAGGAAACAUUCAGUUUGCUAAGAAUAAGGAAAUUUCACACUAGACAUCCUUCUUUUGAUUAAAUUUAAAGGCAAACUACUGAGAAGCCUCAAAUAUACCCUUUUUUCAUAGUGUGUAAUUUUGAGUUUUUUUAUUUAUUAGAAUAUUUAAUUAUUUUGGUUUUAGAUAACCUUUGUUGUGUUUGUAUUUACUGGUUUAUGUCAGUAUGUUGAAAAGUAAAAGAAUAAUUUGAAUUUGUUCAAAAUUUAUACCAUCCAUCAUUAUUUUUGUAUUGUGAGAUUGAUACUUCUUAUGUUUACCUUUUGAGGUUUGGCUUUAAAGACUAAACAGAUUUUGUAAACUGUUUCAAAUUUACAAUGGCAUACUUAUGUGUUGCAUACUGACAGCAUGUGUGAAUACUGUUACCAAAGUCAUACGUAUUUAUUUUUGGUGUAUAGGUGUAUAUCAAUACAUCAGACUAUUGUGGAUGGAUGAAAACGUAAUCAUUUAAUCAUUAUCUUAAGAUCAGGAUGGUUAUGGCUGAUACCAUUUGACUUCUAAAAUAAUUUCCCUCAUAAAUAUUAGAAUUUUCACCCUACAGUAUUCUAAUUUAUUGAUAUACACCUAGUAUUUUUCUUUUGGAAGUUUAAUAAUAGCAUUAAAUUGCACUUUAAAAUCAGUUUUUCUGAUGUCUUUUUGGUUAUUUGAUAGUAGAUUUUAAGACCAUAAUUUGUCAGAAGCCACACUUUUAUUGAUUCUGUAUUUUCUGCAGUUGAAGUUAAUAAAA